CUUGUUUUUGUCUUAUUUUCUCCAAACGAAAUUUUAGUUCAUUCGGAAUUCUCGCCGCGGAUAGUUGCUGUGCUACCGUCAUCCCGUGAGGAAUUAGGAUUAGUUAAGUUUGAUUAAUUGAGUGAUUGGAUAUAGGACUACGGGCGGUCGGAUACAGAUUAAUAGUCUAAUCUGAUGUGUUAAUUUAGUGAUUGAUAAAUGAUUAAAUUAUAACAAAGAAGUUAUGAAAAUUAGAUAAAUUAGAGGGAGAAUUGCAAGCGUCGAGUUUAACCUAUCUAGAAGCCAUCUACGUAAACUGCGCACAGAUAUAAAGUUCCAACCGCCUGAAAAUGACGAAUCAUCACCGACAGCUAUGUUACAUAUUCCUUCUAUCUGUCGCUGUUCAACUGAUUGACGCCACCAUUCCGACAAUUGAUAAUAUCGUUCAAGUUCUUCAAUCGCCAGCGGUCCAGCAAAUAGUCAUACCCCAGUCAUUGAUUGCCGCUGAUCCAAUCGCAUUGGCCACAGAAAAUGCCAAGCCAGUGCGGUACAGCCAUGGUGACAGCAGCAUACGCAAAACCAAACCACAAGCAGAUGGUGCCCUCACCGGACGCGAUGAAAACCCCACACUGAAGCUGGUAACACGCGUUCUCGACACAUUCCGAGCCCCGCUGCCGACACAACAGGUACUACUGAUUCAACAGAGAAAUCGAGCCCUACCGGGGUGCCCACUGUGUGACGCUUCGGUGUACAGCUAUUGCGACUACAAGGUUUACCACGAUGGGUGCUGCUGUGGAACGACGAGCGGCGGUUACGGAAACGGAUUCGGGGGAGGGUCAAAUGGUAUUGGCUACGGAGGUUGCGGAUACAAGGAGGACUGCAGUUUCAUUUAUGCAAAUUCAUGUUACGAGCACCAGCUGAUAGUGAAUUGUUGCUGCAACUCUCCUUAUUGAUGAACUUUCACAAGCAGUAACAAAUCGGUUUCGCAUGAUUUCAGAGUUCGCCAAAACUUUUUGGCGAGUUAAUUUAUUCAACUCUAUUAAUACAAACAAACUGUACUCGUAAUUGAAUAUAGUUCUUAAACUAAACGA